CCCAAGUGAUUCAAUAUAAAAUUUAAAUAUUCUAGAAAAAUACAAGAAAGGACUUGCAAUUUUGACAUGCCGACUUCGACCGACGUUCAAGCGUUCCGCACUGGUGUGAAUGGAGUCGCGCUGGGAAGCGUUGGACUGGGCGGACUCUACCAAGACCUACCUGGAGAAGCAGUGACCAUUGCCGUGGAAACAUUCGAGACAGCAUUCCCCCGCGGCGUCCGACUUAUUGACACAGCUCCAUGGUACAACAACGCCGAGGACGUAGUCGGCCAAGCCCUGCGUCGUGUCCAGACACCGCGGCACGAGUAUUACUUGGCGACCAAAGUCGGGCGCUAUCGCAGCGACAAGCACCCGAAUGGAGAAUUUGACUAUUCUCGCAGCCGCAUUCGCCAAAGCGUGCAAGAUUCGCUGGCCAAGCUUGGGACGACUUACCUGGACGUGGUGUACCUGCACGACGUCGAGUUUGUGGACCGGGACACGGUGCUGCACGAGGCGAUUCCCGCGUUGGCCGAACUGCAAGCCGAAGGCGUGAUCAAGUUGAUUGGCAUUUGCGGCUAUCCCCUCGACGUGCUGGACGACAUUGUCCAGCGAUCGCCCCGACCGCUUCAAGUCGUGCAAAGCUACUCGCAUUUGACGCUGCAGAACGACGCGCUUCUGACCAAAGCAGCGUCGUGGCAUGCUAAAGGUAAUACAGUUUCCCCCAUCCAUCGAAGAGUCCUCCUGAAGCAUUAUGUGCUUCCAGGAAUCGUUGUGAUCAACGCCGCGCCGCUGUCCAUGGGUCUGCUGACGUCCCGCGGGCCGCCUGCAUGGCACCCGGCUUCGUCGGCAUUGCGCGCGUCCUGUGCUGCCGCGUUGACGUGGCUGGCGUCAGUGGAGUUUGCGACUGAGCAGCAGAAGCCGAGCGUCGAAGGCCUCGCCAUCCAAUACGCACUCGACGCCCAGAAGGAACACCACAACGUGGUGACUACCAUGGUCGUAGGCAGCAUGGGCGAAGCAGAAGUACUGUCGUCUAUCCGUGCCCGAGACAACCCGUCGCUGCUGUCGAAAGCCCAUAUUGCCAAGGUAUGUAACUGGCUACGCCCAUUACGCAUCUAGCGAGACAUGUUCAACAUGGAUGAUCAUGUAAAUCACUGAUGUAAAUACUUAGUUUCGACAGCUUUUGGGCCACAGCUACAACGAAUCGUGGGUACAAGACCUGACGUGUUAUGAUGCCCACCUCCUAGUACCACCGCACGUUUAGCUUGGCAAGGUUGGACCGUCUACACUUCAAGCGCAUGUGUGCGAUGGAAACAGCGCAAGUCCUUCACGUGGCAUGGCACAUGUCUCAUGCAUCAAUCAGUACUAAUUACAUGCAAUAUGGUUGGUGUCUGUCAUGGGCAAAAGGGAUACUAGUACCUAUAUAAAGCAUGUGGGGGAAAACCAACCAUGGGAGCUUUCUUGUCGGUGUGUUGUCGAGCGAGUACACGACACCAUGUGUCUACAUACUGAGGACACGCGUUCGCUGUAUGUACAUACCCGGGUAGGUAGUGGGGGUCGGUCUGCCAUGAACGAGUGGUGGCUGUCCGUCGGAUUAUCAAAACGGC